AUGGAUAAUCACAAUAACUACUACUGGCAAAACCAACAGCCAUACGUGCAUCAAGAACACCAAGGACAUUAUAUUUGGAAUCAACAGUUGGUUCAAGAUUAUCAACAAAAUCACUUACAGUACCUGCAGGCUCCAUCAAUGCAGCAGGCUCCACGAAUGCAUCAAGCUUCAGCAAUGCAUCAGACUCAAGCUUCAGCAAUGCAUCAGACUCAAGCUUCAGCAAUGCAUCAGACUCAAGCUUCAGCAAUGCAUCAGACUCAAGCUUCAGCAAUGCAUCAGACUCAAGCUUCAGCAAUGCAUCAGACUCAAGCUUCAGCAAUGCAUCAGACUCAAGCUUCAGCAAUGCAUCAGACUCAAGCUUCAGCAAUGCAUCAUGCUCAAGCACCAGCAAUGCAUCAUGCUCAAGCACCAGCAAUGCAUCAGGCUCAAGCUCCAGCAAUGCAUCAGGCUCAAGCUCCAGCAAUGCAUCAUGCUCAAGGUCCAGCAAUGCACCAUGCUCAAGGUCCAGCAAUGCAUCAGGCUCAAGGUCCAGCAAUGCAUCAGGCUCAAGGUCCAGCAAUGCAUCAGGCUCAAGGUCCAGCAAUGCAUCAGGCUCAAGGUCCAGCAAUGCAUCAGGCUCAAGGUCCAGCAAUGCAUCAGGCUCAAGGUCCAGCAAUGCAUCAGGCUCAAGGUCCAGCAAUGCAUCAGGCUCAAGGUCCAGCAAUGCAUCAGGCUCAAGGUCCAUCAAUGCAUCAGGCUCAAGGUCCAGCAAUGCAUCAGGCUCAAGGUCCAGUAUUGCAGCAAUCUCCAGUAUUGCAGCAAUCUCCAGUAUUGCAGCAAUCUCCAGUAUUGCAGCAAUCUCCAGUAUUGCAGCAAUCUUCAGUAUUGCAGCAAUCUCCAGUAUUGCAGCAAUCUCCAGUAUUGCAGCAAUCUCCAAUAUUGCAGCAAGAACAGAUUUUACAACAACAAGCAAGUGAUCGCUUGAUGCGAGAACUACAAGAACUUAUAUCAACCUUACCAAGUCAAGGACAAAUACAAAAUCCGUUGGAUGAUAACUUGAUUCAAGGUUAUCAACAACAGGCAGCUUUGCCUCAACCUCUAGAGCCUUCUUUAUUACAAGGUCAGCAGCAAAAAGAACCUGUGACAGCACAGCCACAGGAACAGCAAGUAAUUAUUGCUGUGUUGCCAAAUGGAGUACAGCAACAGCAAAAUUUCAGUUUUACUGUGUCUCUAGAUCAUUCAAGCCCUAAUCUUGAAUCAUUGCCAAUCCUAACUGAGCAAUUGCAAAAGCAUGUAUGUGAAUACUGUGGGAGGCUUUUCAAUAAGUUGUCACACAGAACACAACACGUAAACGCCCAUCACAUCGGCGGCAAGUCACACAGAUGCACAAUCUGUGGAAAGAAGUUCGAGACAGAAGAAAGACGUAAUAAACAUUUUUUAGUUCACUCGGCGGUAAAGAAGCACAAAUGUGACAGAUGUACCAAGUCUUAUACCAUUAAGAGCGACUUACUUAAACAUGCAUUGAAAAUUCAUCAUGAUGGCACCUUUCCCCUUGCAUGUGGUACUUGUCAAAAGGGUUUUAUUAGGGCUGAUCACCUUAGGGUACAUGAGGUCGGCUGUAGUCGCAGAUGUGGGGCAGCUAACCAGACAGUAUAA